AGCAAGCAGAGGGUGGGAACCAGGCAAGGGGCGUCACGUCCAGGCCGUGUGCUGUCACCGGAGCUCCCGGCUCGCCUUCAUCAGCAGGCCUCAGACCAGAAACACCCUCGUGUGCCGGAGCGGAUGACAGGCACAAACACACGCCUGUUGUUUUCACCAAUCGUAUCGAGCGGACUGGCUCGUCUUUAGGCGGAGACGCCUUGUGGUCCUCGUCUCCAUGCCCACCCCCGCCGCCUGUCUUCUUCGAGGUGAAGUUCCAGACUUCCCGGCAUUGGAUGCUGAAUCCUGCUGGCGCAGUUCCAGGUGCACGUCUCUAACAUGAACUGGGUCUUCUACCAGAACCGGAUCUGGAUUAGCUCAGAGUAAAUAGAUGCACUGUUUUCAUCUCUUGCUUUAGACACCAGUUCUGUGAUCCUAAUGAGAUGCGGUGAGGAGCUAUUAGGAGACAAAGUGCCUAGGGGAGCAGACAGAACUGAUAGUCCACAAAAGCCCCGUCUCCCGCAAACCGAGGACUUCGUUCAGCUGUUGCGCCGUCGCACUGCACCACCUAUUGAAGACCAGACUUGCAGAGGGAAGCUUUAUCCUGGAAUGAGUUAUCCUCCCUGACAUGGAUGACAGCCGUCUUGACAGGAACGCUGACUCGGGACUGUAGAGCCGUAAACAGUCUGCAUCCGUUUUUGGGCAUUAGAAAUCAAUCCAUAUGCUUCUUGGAAAAGGAAUUAACCACAGAGAUGUUGGAUUGUGGAUGACCUGCAUGCAUCUGACGUGAGACCACACUGUGGGAGGACGAGGAGAAGCUGACUCCCAAACAAGCUGUGAGAGGAUUGGCCGAGCCUGACUGCAAUCUGUGUUACUAUUGGCUGUGUGGCUCCCUCUAACAGCCAACCAGGACACAGUGCUGCCUCGGCACCGUGGGAAUCUGAGCUUUCAUUUACUACACCAGUAAUUGACCGCGUCACCUUUAAUACGUCUUCCACCCGGACUCUUCCUGCGAGCUCUGUCCUAUGUCACGGCGGUCGAGGGAGGUAUCAUUAAUUCUGCAACAUGUGCUUUCUGACCUUACCUGUUCAUGAGAGUGGAUGCCCUAACUUCAAAGACGAUCCUGUCAAGCACAACAUAGAACAACACUUUUUUUUGUGAUGCUCCAGACAGAGAUUGACUGCACUCAACUUGUCAAACCUGCCAGGUCCUGAUGACAUGCUCUCACGACCACACAGCACCUCGCCUCAAAGAAGGCCUUUGAAGAAUCACACACCGCCCUCAAAGCUGAUUCGUUCCCUUCCUCAACGCAUGUCUUCUGUGUCCUCGUGUCUUUGGAUUCUCGCGUAAAUCUUCUGGGAUCUAUAAAAGAAAUAGCUCAAGCAAAGCAUCCGCCAUCUGCCUGCAAGUUUACACUGCAGGGUUUGGGAGGAAGAUGCUCAAAGAUGACCAUGCCUGCAACUGAAUCAUUCAUGGGCUGAGGGAAAAGGUUAUUUUCCACUCACUUCUCGAGAGAUGGCAUCUAUCUUGUCGGUCAGGUUUUAUGAAAAAUGGAACUUCCAUAACUAAUUUGUCACUUAAGUAGUUCGACUUAACGCCUUCGUCCUUUGUUUUUUGCUGUAAAACUUGAAAAGUCAAUAGGCUUCCUGAUGGGGAGCUCAAUGGGUUGUGUCAGAACUCUGCCAGAGGGGGAAUCCAGUGGAAGUCCACUGCGUUCAUCUAAGAGGCGGCUUCGCUUUAGACGUAGACAAAAACGUAAAAAGAGCGGGAAAGUCGGCGUGGAAGAGCAUGUUUCUGAGAGACGCCUUGAGCCCGAGGAUGAGACAAAGCAUGCUGCUGUUGAAACUUUAGACUCUGAUCUCAGCCUUAUGGUGCGCUCUCAUCUAACGGUGCCAAAGCUGGAAUACCGCGCCACUCAUUCCCCAAAUUCUCCUAGUGGCCUUCCUGAAAUCAGUCCGGUCUGGAGAGGAAUAUUUUGUCUUCCAGGAGAAGAAGAUGCCGUCAGUGGCAUCGUAGACGUCUCCAGCAUCCCGGGUCAAACCACUACCACCAGCACGGCACCAGCUCUGGGCAGCACCACGCCAGGGGGAGGGAGGGUCUGUCAGGUCCGGGAGAAGGUCCAUGGGGUCCUUGACAAACCUAGCAUACUUGAAAGAAAAGAAAAAAAUAACAACGGGUCGGCAGCGAGGACAUGGAGGGAAAGACAAAGGGAGGAGUUAUUAGAGGGGGCAACUUCUGCAGGAGAGCACAAAGGUGUGGUGCACAUCAGAGAGGUGGACGGUAAGCUCUGCGUGGUGAGGACUGUUUACCCUUUUGACUUUGGCUCUCCAGCAUGGAGAUGUGACCGUGAAGUGGAGGUUCAUAAAGAACCGCCUGCUCCUUUUCCGGUCACAGAAAAUAUUCUCAAAGUCCAGCUAUCUGAGGAUGAAAUAGGAACUGAUGCAGACAUCUUCAACCAAACCUGGAUUCCAGAAAAUUUAGCUGAAGGAUUUGACUUGGGUACACAGGGCCGCGUCCCGGAGAGGUCCUCUCUCUUUGGGUCGUCGGGCUAUGCCAGCGACGUCCUCUUGACAUCGCCAGAAACAACUGUCACCACGCCCAGUCGGGUGGACUGGUGGGCGCCGACCAGCAACUCGUCUGAGAGGUUGGACCCCACAAUGGAGAGCUCGCAGUGGCUGCAGCAACAGCCUGCCGGUAGUCAUCUGUCACAGAUUUCCGAGAUCUACGUGUGCGGCGAGUCGGGCGACCUCACGGCCAAGGAGAAGCUGCUGCUAUGGAGCCAGCAGGCCACAGAAGGCUACCCGGGCCUCCGCUGUGUCAACUUCUCCUCGUCAUGGAGCGACGGACGUAUGUUCAACGCUCUGCUGCACCGAUAUCGACCCGACCUGAUCAACAUGGAGGUGGUGUCGCUGCAGGGCAACCGUGAGAACCUGGAACAGGCCUUUGAGAUUGCAGAGUCGCUAGGGGUGACCAGACUGUUGGACGCUGAGGACGUCGAUGUUCCAGCCCCAGAUGAGAAGUCAGUCAUCACCUACGUCUCGUCCAUCUAUGAUGCCUUCCCCAAAAUCCCAGAGGGAGGGGAGGGCAUCGGCGCACAAGAGGUGGACCAGCGCUGGUCUGAGUAUCAGUCCAGGUUCUCCUCUUUGCUCCAGUGGAGCCGUCAGCAAACGGCCAUCAUGGCCAACAAGAACUUCCCCCAAGAUCCCGUUGAACUCAAGGCACUUUACAACGAGUACGUCCAUUUCAAGGAGACGGAGAUCCCCGCCAAGGAGGUGGAGAAAGGUCACGUGGAACACCUCUACAAACUUCUUGAGGUGUGGGUGGAGUUUGGACGUAUCAAGCUUCCUCAGGGCCUCCAUCCUAAUGACCUGGACGAGGAGUGGGGUAAACUCAUCCUGGAGAUGUUGGAGAGGGAGAAGGCUCUCCAGCCCGCUGUGGACAGAUUGGAGCUGCUGCUCCAUCGAGCUAAUAAGUUCCAGAACCUUGCUGUCGACUGUGAGGAGAAACUGACCCUGGCAAAGAACACACUACAAGCUGAUAUGUCACGGGCGGAGAGCGGCGAGGCGGUGCAGUGUGAGAGCGAGCUGGCCUGUUACCUGCAGGACUGCGAGUCUCUCAUGGGACAACUCCAACAAGAGCUCAAAGUCCUCCGUGAUGAGAAGUACUACCAAGUGGAUCAGCUGGCCUUCAGGGCGUCGUGCCUUCAAGAGGAGCUGGUCUCGCUCAGACUUCAGUGUUCCAGCCUCUACAGGAAAGGUCACUUCUCGCAGUCCCUGGGGAACACGACCACAGAGCUGCCCAGCCAGCGGGCUGCAGCUCCCGGGUUCUCGCUGGGUCAGACCUUGCUGGGGGCGGCGGGCGCCGCGCUCUUGCGACGUCCGAUGGCGCGCUCCCAGCUUGUGGCCAUGUCGUCAUCAGAGGACGAGGGCAGCUUGAGAUUCAUCUACGAGUUGCUGGGAUGGGUGGAGGAGACGCAGGAGCUUUUGGAGGGGGCCGAGUGGGGAGCAGACCUUCCAUCAGUGGAGAACAACCUGCAGGAACACAACAGUGUGCACACUGCAGUGGAGGAGCUGAUGAGCUGCCUGCAGGAAGCACGCAGCUAUGAGGCUAAAGUCUCCCCCAAUUUCAAGAGCAACUACUGUGAGACCCUGGCCAAGCUGGAGCAUCAGUACUGCAAGCUACUAGAACACUCGUCCUGGCGCCUGCGGAGCCUGGAGAGCCUGCACGCCUUCGUGUCGCACUGCACCGAGGAGCUGAUCUGGCUCAAUGACCGCGAGGAGAAGGAGAUCGCCUUCGACUGGAGUCACAACAACACCAACAUGUCCGCCAAGCGGGAAUUGUACAGCGAGCUGAGAUCCGAGCUGGAUGAAAAGCAGGAGGUGAUGCGCUCUCUGCAAGAAACGUCCCACCGCUUGUGUCAUGAGAACCAUCCCGCCAAGCAGACGCUGGAGGCGUACAGCGCCGCCCUGCAGACACAGUGGCAGUGGGUGGACCAGCUGUGUGUGUGUGUGGAGCAACAUCUCAAGGACAACACCGUUUACUUCCAGUUCAUGAGCGAUGCCCGGGACUGCGAGUCGUACCUGCGUCAGCUGCAGGAGACCAUCAAGAGGCAGUACACCUGUGACAAGAGCAGCAGGCUGAGCAGACUGGAGGACCUGCUGCAGGACUCAAUGGACGAGAAGGAGCAGCUCAUAGAGUAUCGCAGCACGGUGGCCAGCCUGGUGGGCCGGGCCAAGACGGUGGUGCAGCUCAGGCCUCGCGGUGCAGAGAGCCCCUUGGCGGGGGCCACGCCCAUCAGGGCCGUGUGCGACUACAAACAAAUAGAGAUCACAAUAGGCCUGGGGGACGAGUGUGUGCUGGAGGACAACUCUCAGCGGACCAAGUGGAAGGUCAUCAGUCCCACAGGCAACGAGGCCAUGGUGCCCUCGGUGUGCUUCACCGUGCCCCCUCCCAACCAGGAGGCCAUGGACACCGCCAGCAGGGCCGAGCAGCUCUACCAGAAAGUGAUGUCUUUGUGGCACCAGCUCCACGUCAACAUGAAGAGCGUGGUCUCCUGGCACUACCUCCUCAAAGACGUCCGCACCGUCUCCGAGUGGAACCUGGACACGGUCCGCUGCCAAUCCCCGUCGGAGCGCCAGCAAGUCCUGGAUCACCUGGAGUCCCAGCUGGACGACUUUCUGUCCGACAGCCGAGAGAGCGCGCUGUUCACGCCGGCCGAGAGGCGGCAGCUGGAGGCGGACGUCCGGCAGGCGCAGCAGCACUGUCAGGACCUGCUGCGCAACAUGGAGACAGAAGAGAAAGACGAGUCGGUCUCCCGCUCUUAUCUGUCCGAGCUAAAGAACGUCACUUUGCGUCUAAACGAGGCCGAGCAGAGAUUGAUGAAUGGCAUUCAGACUCCGCCCCCGAGCGGCGACAACGCUGAGAGGAUCGCUGAGCACGAGACGCUGCACUCUGAGCUGGACGGCCUUCGCUCCAGUUUGGGCGGCGUGUCUGGCCGCUGCGUCGCUUUCUUCGAGGAGAAGCCGACGUCCUCCAGCGCCCCCGCCCUGCGCUCGGAGCUCAACCAGGCGGUGGAGAAGAUGGACAAGCUUCACUGUCUCUCCUCCGUCUUCUUGGAAAAGUUAAAAACGGUGGACGUCCUGAUUCGCUGCCUGGAGGACGCGGAGAGUCAGGUGAGCAAGUACGAGACCAGACUGAGCGAGGAGGACAUCGUCCCUGCGGACACGACGGCCAUUCAGACCCUCAGAGAACAACUAGGGAGGUGGCAGUCUGAGCUCGGCGAGCACGAUGGCGUUUUCCAGUCUCUGGAGUCGGAUGUGCUCAGAGCCAAAGAGGCGGGGUCUCAGCUCGGCAAGCUGCAUCCGGACCGCAGCCCGGAACUGGAACGAUACCAGGAGCGAGCCAAUCAGGCGGCUGAGAGGUGGAACAGAGUUAAGAGGCAGAUAGAAACAAGGCGAACAGAACUGGACUCUGUGGGCUCGGUCCUGCAGCAGUACAGAGACGGUCACUCCUCUCUCAUCAAGUGGAUCGAGGAGACGACGGAGCGCCAGGAGAACACACAACCGGAUCAGACGGACAGCAAAGCGCUGUCCGAGCAACUGGCCCAGCAGACGGCUUUGGUGGCCGAGAUUGAAGAGAACCAGACCAAACUGGACGAGUGCCAGACUCACUCCAAACAGUACUGCACCUCAGUCAAGGACUACGAGCUGCAGCUGAUGACUUACAGAGCCUUCGUGGAGUCCACGCACAAGUCGGCGGUGAAGAGGAGAAGGAUGCACUCUUCCUCUGACGCCAUCACUCAGGAGUUCAUGGACCUGCGCACACGCUACACGGCGUUGGUCACCUUGACGACGCAACACGUGAAAUACAUCAGUGAUGCCCUGAGAAGACUGGAAGAAGAAGAGAAAGAGGUGGAGGAGGAGAAGCAGGCCAGAGUUGGUCAGGUGUCAGACCUGUUGGGAUGGGUCAAAGGUCUCCAAGGACGGACCGGCGGCCCCAGCGCUGAGUCCUCACUCGCAGCCCAGCAGGCCAUCAGCGAGCAGCUGGCUGCCAAGAAGGACGACGUGGCCGAAGCCAUCAGGAGCACGCAGGUCUUCUUGCUCUCCAAACAGGCCAGCAAGCUGUCCCCGGAGGAGCGCGCUGAGGUGGAAGCUCAGCUGGACCAGCUGACGUCAGCCUACAAGCAGAUGUGCGACUCGUCCACGCAGCAGCUGCAGCAGCUGGAGCAACAGCUUGCCGAUGAGGAGGAGAGAAAGAUUGACAGUUGUAUCGCUGGAGUGAUCGACUUGGGAACGGUGGAAACUUUGCCAGUUUUUCAAGCAGCUCAACGUGGUCUCAUUGAUCAGGACACUUGUCGUGUUCUGCUAGAGACCCAGCUCAUCAACAAGAGGGGGCUCCUCUCCCUCGACGUCCCUCUCUGCCUUUCCCUGGAUCAGGGUCUGAUUCAAGGCCUAAUUGACGAACACACCAGGCGUACUCUCUUGGAGUUGGAGAGUGCUCUGCUCUUGGUAGAGAACACAAAGUCUACAAGUGGCCAACAACUGAAUGUGCAAACACUAGCUGCAGCCGUGGAGUCUGGGAUCAUAAGAGAGGAGGUGGGACUUCGUAUUCUAGAGCUGAGAGAGUCUGCAGGAUGUUUAGAGCAAGAAGACUUGAACCUCUUGCCUUUGAGAACCCGCCUCAAACUUCAGACAAGGCUUCAUCACAAAGAGCUUAUUGACCCGAACACAGCAGAAAAAAUAAACCUUGACAAGCUCCAACAGCGCUGUGUCCAUGAUGAUGAUUCCGGGCUUCUUCUACUUCCUGUCCAACAACAACCUGGAGGAACUGUUUGCUUACGCUCUGGAAGAAAAGUUGGCAUCUUCCGCGCCAUCGAGGAAGGGCUGAUCGACCGGCAAGUGGCUCUGCGACUCCUUGAAGCUCAACUGUUUGCUGGUGGGAUUGUUGACCCUCGAACUGGCCACAGGUUAACUGUUCACGAGGCAGUUCGCCAUGGGCUCAUGGACCAGGACUUGGCUUGUGGCCUGUUUGUGCGACAGCUAAAAAAUGGUGGCAUUCUCGACCCUUUAACUAUGGAGCGUUUAGAUUUGGAGGAGAGUAUCAACAGGGACAUUCUUUCUUCCCAUAUUGCUCUGUUGGUCCUAGAGUCUCUCUGGACGUUUAUGGGAAUUAUUUGGCCUGAAUCUGGUAAAGUCUUGUCCAUUGUGGAGGCUUUUCAACAAUCAGCCAUUUCAGGGGAGUUGACACGACGCAUCCUAAGUCAGAGACAUGCCAUUGGAGGACUCUACAACUCAGAAACUCUCCAGCUGUUGCCUUUAAAUAAUGCUGCAGAAAAAGUCUUGGAGCCUAGGGUCAUACGUUGUCUCAAAGAAAUCCAUUUACCAGAUGUUCUCUUUAACAUGAACCCGUCAGGCACGCCCUCACUAAACCGCUUGAGUUGGGGUUCUUCGAGCGCUUCACCAAAUACAUCAUCUCCCACAGACCUUGUGUGGACCAAUGGAACGGAUCCUAACCAGCAAGCGAAACAAAAACUGCUCUUUCACGUCAUGGCUCACAGCUAUGUGGAUGCACACUCGGGAAAACGCUUAGUGCUGUUAGACCCUGAGUUGGUGGAAUUUGUUAACGUUGCUCAGUUGAAACCAGGAAAAAGAGUUGAGGUACAUAAAGAUGUCUUAAAGGGAUUAAGUUUGACCGAAAAGGAGAUAACUGACAGGCAAUCCGACGCUGAAGAAGGAACUUCCAAUGGAGUCACACAACGUAUGGAUUUGGAGCCCAUUGGCACCAUUGGAAGACAAGAAAGUUACGACUGUAAAAAUGACAAUGAGUUACAACCAGAAAGUGUGGUAGUUAAAUAUACUAACACACAUGAUGGAGGAACAGAAACAUGCCCUCUGGAAAUUCCAGAAUCCAGAAAGUGUCCAGAAAAUGAAUUGGCAUCUAAUGUUGCAAAACACCCGGAGACAUCCACAAUAAUCGUUGAAUCAAAGAACAGUGACAGUAAAUCCCUUGCACCCAAUGAAGACAUAAAUGAAGGUUCAAAGUAUUUUAGGAAUCAGAACAGGAGUGAAUCAGAGAUGCUCAAACAGAAAGUACCUGUCUCAAAGCUGGCUGUACCUGUAGAUGAUGUCCCCGAAUCGGCAUUCGAUGAAGAAGAGGAGGAGGAGGAGGAUGAAUUGGCAAGGUUAGUCUUGGAUCUCAACCAGGGGGGGCUGAUGACUGACGAAGGUGAAAAGUUACUCCCGGAUGAAGCUGUCGCUCAGGGUGUCCUUCCUGGUCACACUGCAGUCAAAUUGAUGGCUCGGGCGGGUUUUUUCGGGGGCUUCCUCGAUACCAGAAGCAGUGAGUCACUUAGCCUGGAUGACGUCAUGCAGGAAGGCUUGCUAGACGAGGAUCUGAUGUGGAGUGUCCUCAAGUCGGAUAAAACCCUGGCAGGAAUUUUGGAUGUAGAGAGAAGUCGGAUUUGUGGAGUGAGGGAGGCAGCUCAGGCUGGUUUGAUCGACGAUAACACUGCAGCGCGGAUGCUGGAGGCUCAAGUGGCAUCUGGGGGUGUGGUUGAUGUACGGAGGGAUAAGAAAGUCUCUGUCACUUUAGCAUCAAACCUAGGGCUGAUAGAAGAAUAUCACAGAGAAGAAUUGGCAGCCUUAGAGAAGGCGUGCAAAGGAAAAGUUAGCAAGACAGACGUAGCCCUAGCUAAAGCUAGCUUACAGUUACAAAUGGAAGGCAUUAUUGACCCAGUGACGGAGUGUCCAGUUCCUUUAGACAAAGCCAUUGAAAAGGGGUUAAUAAAUCCUAGAGAUGCAUAUCAGGUGUUGCUCAAACAAGUGGCUGAGGGCGGGAUCAUUCAUCAUCCUUCAGGUAUGAGGCUUUCAGUUUCUGAUGCUGUUGAUAGAGGUCUUGUAGAUCGAUCUAUCGCUCCUGGGUUGGAAGAAUUAGAGUGGGCUUACCGAGGACAAGUCAUCCCCUCAAACGCAGAGGCUGUAGCUUUACAGGCAACAACGGGGUCUGUCUUCGACCCUGAAUCGGGAUUUAAAGUUACUUUGACAGAGGCUGUUUCUAGGGGUCUUCUUGAAGAGAAGAUUGCAAGUGAAGCAAUGGUUUUAAGUGCAGUAACACAAGGGGUGCUUGACCCCCAAACCGCUCUGAUUGUGCCCUACUCUGACCUUGUUAAAAAGGGAAAAAUCGACAUUGAAACAGGCAAGCGUUUUUUGGAGGUGAAACCCUUCAGAGGUAUUGAAAAUAGGCAAACAAGAAGAACCUUGACUCUACCUGAAGCUGUGGCAGCAAAUCAGGUGGAUCCUGUUGCAGCUUUGAGACUUCUCCAAAGCCAGGCGGACAGUGGGGGCAUCAUUGAUAUCACGACUGGAGAAAGGCUCCCUAUCCCUGAAGCCUUUAAAAGAGGUUUGGUUUCAGAAGACAUGGUCUUAGAAAUUGCCACUAACCAGAUUUUGAAAGGAGGCUUAGUUGAUCCAGCAACAGGCCAACGUGUCUUGACACUCAGUGCUGCCGUCACUUUAGGACUUGUUUCUAGUGAUGUGGCUUCAGACAUUAAAGAGAAGGUUUCUCCUUUCGAGGAAACAAACAAUGAGGAUAGUUUGACUAUCACUUCAUUGCAAAGUCCACAUAGCCCUCAACACAAAUCAACGCCUGGUCCAAACAUUGAGGUUUCUUCAUGUGAUGAUGUAAAAGCAGUGACCUCUGAAGUACCAAGUGAUAUAAGUAAAGGGGACAAAAUAGAAAAGCCUCUAUCAAGGGCAGAAGAUAUACUGGAAUCAGACCAAUCAAUCAACCUUUUGGGUAAGUUUGCUACAAAUGUUGAGAAAAGAAUCCACCUGGCCAUCCAGGAGGCCAUGCCACAAACAACCACAUCAAAAUCACAGAAGUCUUCUCCACAAACAUCAACAGAAAGGACAAACAUUGACAAAACUAAAGAUGAAAGAAAAGAAGUAAUUUUAACUGAAGGUUUAAUUGCAGAAUCGACUAAAGAUCAUGCUAACAAAACAGACAAAAGUAAGGAGGAGGACAAAGCUAAAGCAUCCGUUGAAAAAUCUGAAGGGAAUCAUGAGAACGUGCAGAGUAGCUCUUGUGAUGAGAGCAGUACAUUGGUCAAAGACUUAGAUGAACGACUGACUGAUUCUAAAACAGCUGAAAAUACUGGUGACAUUCAAAAACAGGAGCAGGUAAAAACAACUGGCGAGGAAAGUACGAUGUGUGUUAGAGAGAGGAAUGAUGGCGUUCUUGAAAAAGUGCAAGUGGAAGAAACGUUAAUGAACAUUGAAACCAUGGCUGGUCCUGCCUUGGAGCAGCCAUUGGAGUCUUUGUCCAAAGAGACAGAAAACAAAAGCAAGAAGAAGAGGAGAAGUAAAAAGAAAGCAAAAGUUCCAGAGGAAGUGGUGGAAGUUAAAUUUGAGACUUAUCAAACAAAUGCAGAAAAGAAAUCAGAGGAAAACACAUUGCAAGACAAACCCAAAACACCAAAGAGUCAGAACAGCGCAACUCUUCAAGAAUCAAAGACCAACGAUAGCAUGGUACAGCAAGAACCUGUAAAGGUUUUCAAGGACACUGCCAAUUUUGACAAGACGAAGGACCAGAGAAGUGAAGUGAAUCUACUACCAGUCAGUGAUCAGGACGUUGUCAGAAAGACUGAACAUAAUUUACCUCCAAAAUCCAGUCUGCCAGACCAACAGAAAACUGCCCUGGUACUAAAAGCCGAGGAAAGCCUAUUCAAAAAGGUGUUUGAAGCAGGAGUGAGUGACAAGAAGGCUGCCGAUGAGCUGCUGGUUCUGAAGAAUGAUAGCAGAAGUAUGAGAGAUACUGGCCACGUCACAAGACCCAAUGAUGUGCCAAAGAGUGAGAAGACGUCUUUCAAAGAGGACAAAAGGGAACUGCUAGAGGGCAAAGACAUAGCAAUUGCGAGGGACCCGAGUGAGAAUCUGGAUAAGGAGUCCAUUCCAUCACUUAAAUCUGUGAGUAGUAAAAGAAAAAAGAAGUCCAGAAGUUUGAAAUCUUCUUCCGCUAAUGACAUUGUAAUGCCCGAUCAAAGAGAAGAUUCACAGUUGCCAACAGAAAUCAGCAAAAAGUCAGCAAAUAUUACACAUGAGCAGACCAACACCGAGGAUCAGUCAACAAGUGGAGACACUGGAGCCUCUAUUGGUGGAAAGGUAACACAGGUAGGGUCUACCAUAGACUCAAGUGAGAGAGAAGAACCAAGCUCCUACCCUGAGAAACUGCUUCAGGAACAUCUCAAAGAAAACCAUGGUGCUUCUCAUGACGCACUCGAACAUCAACUCCAACCAUGGGUCAAUCCGUCUGAGACUAUUAGCGCACAACCAGAACAAAAUGAGAAAGACUCCCAUCUACCUGAAGAUGGAACUACUGAAUGUCUUGAAUCGAAACCUCAGAGUACUGAUCAGCAACAACUUAGGUUUCCAGAAACUGAAUCAGUCCGAGCAGAAAAUACGUCUUUUGACUUGGAAUCACCUGAACUCUCAACUCCAGCUUUUAAAGAAAGGGAACAUGAUCAUGGAGAUGUGAUUUCAAGUUAUGUGGAAGCAGCGCCUCCCUUUGGCAAGUCCUCAUUGGCGCGUCAAGAGUUCUUGGAGCAUGACCAGAGAAUUGUGGCGCUGGUCUCCAUGGUCCGACAUGUGGAGGUCAAACUCAAGCAGAAGCAGCAGCAGUCGGUCGGAUGCAGCCUUGUCGCUAUGGAAGACAUCAUCAAACAGACUCAGGAUUUAGAUGAGGAGCUGUGUGACCUGGAACCUGAGAUCACAACAGAAGUAGAAGCUGCUGAGAAACUCUUAAAGCCCCACCCCAGAGAUGUUCCUACCCAGCUCUUAUUGGCUCUUGAAAAGGACCAACGAAGCUUGGACCGAGGGUACCAGGCCGCCCGGACGCUUUCACGGGACAUUCUAGGAAGCCUGCAAGAGCACAGAGAUUCAUACAAAGAGGCGAUAACAGCUGAGCUAAAGGCACUUGGAGGUAAAGUUGAGACCCUUCUGUCCUGGUUGAGAGAGACAGAAGUUCAAAUGAAGGAAGGAAUGGCCAAAAGUCAAAAUAUGGAGAAUGACAGUGGUCAACGUUCACAUCAGUUGCGUCUUUGCAAGGAGCAACAGUCUAGUCUGGCGGCUCGCUCCAGUGAGGUCAGCGCCGUGGCCCUGGACGUCCAAGUGUUCAUUUCGGAGCGGGCCCAGGACCUGGGCCCAGGGCAGAGCAGGCACCUUUUGGGGCAGCUUCAGCAGCUGCAGAGGGCCUUCCACUCCACGGCGGGACAAGCUCAGGCACGGGCCGACUCCCUCUCGGCCCAGCUGGAGCACGAAGAAGGGGAGCGUCGUCGGAAGGAGAAAGAGAAGGAUGGGGCAGAGAAACUCAGUGCGAGAGAACGAGAGGUGGUCCAGCAGCAGAAAGCAGAAUGUUCGCAGAAACUGGAAGGCCUCUCCAUGUGGUUGGCUGGAGCUGCCGGCAUUCUGGCCAAUCAGAAAGCAGGAGCGAAAUCAGAUGACAUGAACGUCCUGCGGGAGAAGCAGAAGAAGUUAAAGGAAGUGCAGAAGGACCUCCAGAAGAGAGCCGAAGACGUUGCCGAAGCCAUCCGCUGCACGGAGGACUUCCUGGCCGAGCGAGGGGACACUUUGAGCCCGGAGGAGAGAGAGAAGCUGCAGGUGGCGCUAGCGCGCAUGAAGGAGCAUUACGGCACGCUCAUGGACUCUGCUAACACGUCGGUGUCGCAGCUGGACACGGCCAUCGAUGCGACUGUACAGCAGAACACACAGAGGGCCAAAGCCCUCGAGGAGCUGCAGGAGACCCAAGUCCAAAUGGACACUCUGCUAAAAGACCUUCAGUCCUCUGCUAACCAAGCGGCUCAAGACGUCACUGACCUGUCCACUUCACAGCCGGACUCCUCCGUCACGUCCCACAAGGAGGCGCUGCAGGCCGAGCUUCAGCGUCUCCAGUCUCAACAGGCCCAGCUCCUGCGCGUCGCCCAGUCGGCCCGCUCUCUGUUGGACCAACCCGAUUCCACGGUGCCUCCCGAGGAGAAGCAACGUCUGCGGGCCACUUUGGACCAACUGCAGGCUCAGCACCAGGACAAGCUGCAGAGCUGCCAGGAGCGACUAAGGAGGUCUGAGGCACUCAAGGACGAGCUGGCCAAGUUCCUGCAGGAGCAUGGAAGUCUGGGCGACUGGCUGGAACAAAGCGAGCAGGAAUUACGUUGUCUGGGGGAAGGAGAGACGGACGCACAGGAACUGAAGAACAGGCUGGAAGAGCACAGAAAGCUGGCCGACGACGUCAUUUGCCACAAGGCAGACCUGCGCUUCGUCUCCAUCUCGGGUCAGAAGGUCUUGGACUCGGUUCAGGGAGCUCUGGAGCAGGCGGGCGGUUCCGACCCGGCUAUAGAGAGCACCAAGCAGCUGGUAUCCGACAAGCUGCAGGACGCCAACCACAGAUACACGUCUCUUCACACCAAGUCUUCAGAGUUGGGCGGGCGUCUGUCCGGCCUUCUGGAGAGGUAUCAACAGUACCAGGACGAGGUGGUCUCUCUUCACUCCUGGCUCAGCGCUCAGGAACAGAACCAAAGCAUAGCCAAGCCCAGUGGAGACACAGACCCCCAAAACCUGCAGAACACCCUCAGACAAGUCCAGCUGCUGCAGGAUGAGCUGGCCGAGCGGUCGGUCCAGUUGGAAAAGGUGAAAAGAGCGGGAAGGGUUCUGGUCAGCACUGAUGAGUCACCCUCGCUGAAGGCUGUGGACAUCCUGUGUGCUGCUGAUGGUUUGGAGAAGAGGUUCUGCUCGCUCUCGGCGUCCGUGUCCGAGCGGGCCGAGCAGCUGCAGACGGCUGUGGCCCAGUCGGUCAGCGUGCAGGAGGGCUUGAAGGCUCUGCUCAGCUGGCUGGACACGCUGGUCCUCAACCCGGGGCCGGUUGAGCCCACAGCGCAGGCUCUUCAAGACGCCCUGACACAGAACCAGAAACUUCGUCAAGAGCUGCUCUCGAGGCAAGGCAGCAUUGAGGCGACACGGGAUUCAGUCUCCAAGCUCCUCCAGAGCCCCGACGCCUCCACAGCCUCGGGCCUGCAAGGAUCACUGGACGAGCUGACCCAGAGGUUCGCCGCGGCCCAGACCAGCCAAGCGCAGAGGGAGGCGGAGCUUAAGACCCUGCUGCCGAGGCUGGAGAGCUACGAGCGACUGGGGGCAGACCUGCGGGUCUUCACCCAGAGCCGAAUGAAGGCUCUUAGUCCGGCGGAUCAGCCCGAUCGCAGCGUGGAGGAUUACAGGCAGACUGUGGAGGAAGUGAAGUCGGAGCUCCAACAGGAGGCCAUACAGCUCAAGUCCUUCUGCAAUUUGGGCGAAGAACUCAGCACGUCACAAGUUUUGGGUCCUACACAAAGUUUAGUCGAUCACGUCAAAGGAGUCACCGAGGACUUCAAGCAGCUGGACGACAACGUAAACCAAAGACUGGCCGCCAUCGUGGCAUGCGAGCAGCAGCUGCUCCACUUCCGCGGCCUCUCUUGCUCCCUCCUCAGGUGGCUUCAGGCAGCGCAGGAGCAGCUUCCUUCAAAGGAGGUGAGCGUCAACACGGAGGCGCUGCAGAGGAGAGUGCAGCAGCUCCAGGACUUGCUGAACGAGUGGGAGUCGCAGGGAGGCAGGGUCCAGGAGCUGAAUAAAAACGGCACGGAGCUGGAGGCCAAGGUCAUUGAGAUCACGGCACCGCAGAGCAAAACUGGCACCCCCCAAAUCAACGGCUCCGCAGGUGCCAGCAGCGUCAACGGCAUUCACACCUGCAAAGACCUGACGGAGAUCCAGGUGGCCGUGUCAGACGUGAACACACGACACGAGGCGCUGGGCGCGGACCUGAAGGAGCGUCUCGGCCGCCAGCAGGCCUCGCUGGAGUUGAGGCAGAAGGCCAGACGGGGCGCUGAGGAGCUCAAGAACUGGCUGAAAGACAGGGAGGUCAGCCUCGAACACGGACAGACCGCCUCCCCAUCCAAACCGGAGGUGGUGCGCGCCCAGGCUCAGGAAAACAAGGCUUUGCUCUCGGAGCUGGCUGAGCACUCUGGCCGGGUGGAGGAGCUGAAGGGAACGUUGAGGAAGCUCAUCGCCGACAACCCGGACUCUCCCGAGGCAGAUGGCUGGAGACAACAGCUGCAGGACAUCGACUCCCGCUGGCUCUCGGCCAAUCAGACGGCAGCCCGCCGGCAGACGGAGCUGGAGGCGUGCGCCGACAGGCUGGGCAGCUUUACGUCGGCGGCAUCUCAGCUGGGCCCCUGGCUGAAAGAGAAGGAGCUGAUGAUGAGCGUGCUGGGACCGCUCAGCAUCGACACGAACAUGCUGAACACGCAGAAACAACAAGUCCAGUUUAUGCUGCGGGAGUUCGACACCCGCAGGCCACAGUUUGACGAGCUGACCCAGUCGGCCGAGGGCAUCCUCUCCCAGACCCAGGACGCCAAGGAGCAGGAGGAGGUUCGAGCCGAGCUGGACUCCGUCUCGCGGCAGUGGGAGGACCUGACCAGCAGGCUCGCACGGCGGUCCGAGCACAUCGGUCAGGCGCAGGGGACCAGCGAGCGGUACCAGGCUCUGCUGCGCGAGCUCUCCUCCAGCGUGACGGCCCUCGCCGACCGCCUGGAUGCUCAGGCCUCGCUGAGCGCGCGGCCCGAGCAGCUGAAGGUGCGCCUGCAAGAGACGGGCGAGAUCCGCUCAGAGCUGGAGAGGCGGAGGUCCGAGCUGGGCGAGGCGGAGCGGCUCUGUCAGGAGCUGAGCGCCAUCGUGGUGGAACCUUACCUGAAGGACGAGCUGAAGAAACGUCUGGAGAGUGUUAGCGGGCCUCUGAAAAACCUGGAGGAUCGCGCGGCUGACGGUCUGUCUCAGCUCCAGGCCGCGCUGUCUUCCACUCAGCAGUUCCAGCAGAUGUUUGAGGAACUGCGCUCGUGGCUGGACCGGCAGUCGGAACUUAGGGACUCGUCGCUCGACUCGCUGCCCUGCCAGCCCGACGCCCUCCGCUCGCUGCUGGCCGACACGGACGACAUGCAGCGCGCCGUGGCCAGCCAGCGAGGAUCAUACGAGCUGAUCCAAGGCGAGGGUGUGUCGCUGCUCGCCGCCCUGCCUGCCAGCGGGGACGAGCGAGCCGCCCUGCAGUCCCGUCUGGCUCGACUGCGGCAGGACUGGGAGGAAGUGAACGGGAAGGUUUCGGAACGUGAAAGCAGAUUGAAAAGCACGCUGAGCAAGGCGGAAAGUUACCAGCGGCACAAGGCUGAGCUCACGCCCUGGUUAGCGGAAUGUGAGGCCAAAGACGCAGAGAUCCAGCCUUCGCUCCAGUCGUCCGAUCUGGAUGAGGCGCUGCAGAAGGCCAGAGGACUCUCCCUGGACCUGGAAAGAAGAGCACCGCUGCUGGAGGCCUUCAACACGUCCGCUGAUCAGCUGCUGGAGCAGUGCUGCAUCGGAGAAGAGGAGGUACGCGAUGAGAAGGCGCAGUUGAACCGGCGUUUGGAUGACUUGGGCGAGAGGCUCCAUAGCCGCACGUCGCAGCUGGAGGAGCUAGCGGGACGCCUGAAAGAGUUUGAAGAAGGCCAACAGGCUGUGGAGAGGCGGCUGGAGGCCGCAAAGCACCAGAUUGAAGUCCAAGAGGCUUUAGGACCGCAGGCGUGUAGCGCCAAGAGCCUGGAGAGACUGAGGAGCCAACAGGAGAGCCUCAAGUGCCUGCAGCCUCAGGUGGUCUACCUGCGAGACCUGGCCCAGGGGCUGGUGCAGGACGCCCCCCAGAGUCCAGGGGUGAACAGCGAGGGGGCACAGAGGCUCCAGGAGCAAGCCAAGAACACAGAGACGGAGUAUGAAGAUGUGGGCAACAAGAUCGAGCAGUGUUGCUCCACCCUCGAAUCCCGCCUGCAGGGCGUCGGCGAGGUCCAGUCGCACGUGCGGGACAUCUUCUCGCGACUGGCCGACCUCGACGACGAGCUGGACUCGCUGGGCCCGGUCGGGCGCGUCGCCGACUCGCUGGCCUCGCAGGCGGACACACUCGGCGGCUUCCUGUCGCGUCUGGCCGAUCUCAGGACAGAGCUGGAAGCGCACGCGUCCGAUUGCACCGCCAUGCUUCGGCGGGAGGGCUCCUCCCCCGACCUGCUGGCUCUUCGGCGGGAGACGGAGGCUCUGAGUCGGCAGGCAGGGAAGCUGAGCGAGCGCGGCCAGGCCAGGCUGGUGCAGAUCGAGGACGCCGCAGAGAGGGUGUCGGACUUCUACAGGCUGGUGGGCGAGCUGCAAGGCCUGCUGGGAGCAGCCGAAGGUGGGCUGGCCGCGCAGGGCGUGGUGGGCUCGGAGGUGGACGUCAUCAAACAGCAGCUGCAGGAGUUCAAGGCGUUGGAGAGAGAGCAGGUGGACGGCGUCCAAGCAAAGCUACAGCACGUCACCGCCGUGGGCCAGGGUCUGAUCCAGAGCGCCGCCAAGCAGACCGACACCAGAGCGCUGGAGCACGAUCUGGAGAGCACCAACCUGCAAUGGAACUCACUCAACAAGAGGGUGGCGGAGAGGAUCGCGCAGCUGCAGGAGGCCCUGUUGCAUUGUGGGAAAUUCCAGGACGCCCUCGAGCCGCUGCUCAGCUGGCUGAGCGACACAGAGGAGCUGGUGGCCAAUCAGAAGCCUCCGUCGGCCGAGUACCGAGUGGUCAAGGCGCAGAUCCAAGAACAGAAGCUGCUACAGAGGCUGUUGGACGACCGCCGGCCCACCGUGGAGAUGAUCCGCGCCGAGGGCGAGCGCAUCGCGGCCACGGCAGACACUCAGGACCGCGAGAAGAUCCAAACUCAACUUCAGAGUCUGGCCCUUAGGUGGAGUGAGCUCCUGGGCAAGGCCAGCUCCAGGCAGAGGCAACUGGAGGAGCUGCAAGUUUUGGCUUUCCAGUUCCACGAGGCCCUGGAGCCGCUCGGAGAGUGGCUGAGCGCCACCGAGAGGCGCAUGAGCGCCGCAGAGCCCAUGGGAACCCAGACGGCCAAGAUCAGCCAGCAGAUCGUCAAGCACAAGGCGAUCCAAGACGACGUGUCCUCGCGCGAGCCCGAGGUGGACCGCCUGCGCUCCCUCAGCCAAUCGCUGAGCCCGCUCAGCUGCCCGGCCGACCGCACCUGGCUGGGCGAGCGUGUGGAGGCGGUCCGCUCGGGCCACGCGGAGCUGGCCGAGUGGGGCGCCAGGCGAGCCGGCCUCUUGGAACAGGCGCUGGCCAACGCCCGGCUGUUCGGCGAGGACGAGGUGGAGGUGCUCAACUGGCUGGCGGAGGUGGGCCAGAGGCUGGCGCUGGUCUCGGUGCAGAGCUACCAGCCUGACGUACUGGCCCAGCAGCACAAGCACACUCUGUCUCUAAAUGAGGAGAUUGUGAGCAGGAAGAAGACGGUGGACCAGGCCAUCAAGAAUGGACAAGCUUUACUCAAGCAGACCACAGGCGAGGAGGUUCUGCUGAUCCAAGAGAAGCUGGACGGCAUCAAGUCACGCUACGCCGAGGUGACGGCGGGCAGCAGCAAGGCGCUCCGCACGCUGGAGCAGGCGCUGCAGCUGGCCACGCGCUUCGCCAGUGCCCACGACGACCUCAACCAGUGGCUGGACGCCGUGGAGGCGGAGCUCAACAAUGUGGAGCCUGACGCACCCCCCGCCUACCAGGAGAGACAAAAGGAGUUGAAGAAAGUGUCCGCAGAGAAGCGCCUGGUCCUGGACACCUUAAACGAGGUGGGCAGCGCCCUGCUGGAUCUGGUGCCAUGGCGAGCCCGCGAGGGCCUGGACCGCUUGGUCGCCGACGCCAACCAGCGCUACCGCCAGGCGGACGACACCAUCACGCAGCGUGUGCAGCUGGUGCAGGCCGCCAUCCAGAGGUCGCAGCAGUACGAGGAGGCGGUGGAUGCCGAGCUGGCCUGGGUGGGCGAGACGGAGCGGAAGCUGGCGUCUCUGGGCCCGCUGAGCCUGGAACCUGACGUGACGGUGGCCCAGAUGCAGGUCCAGCGGGCUUUCAACAUCGACAUCAUCCGACACAAGGACACCGUGGACCAGCUCCUCGGCACUCGAGAUGACAUCCUGGAGACGUGCAGCGACACCCAGAAGGACGCGCUGAUAGUGAAGACAGAUUCUCUGAGCGCCCGUUACGACGCCGUGAGCCAGAGCCACAGUGAGCGCUUCGCCGCGCUAGAGCAGGCUCAGGUCUUGGUGGCCCGCUUCUGGGAGACCUACGAAGAACUGGAGCCCUGGUUGGGCGAGACUGAGAGCCUCAUCACUCAGCUGCCGCCGCCGGCCAUCGACACAGACGCCCUGCGCCUGCAGCAGGACCAGAUGAGGCUCCUCCGAGAGUCCAUCGCUGAGCACAAGCCCCACAUCGACAAGCUCCUCAAGAUCGGACCCCAGCUGGCAGAACUGAGCGUCCAGGAGGGCGGGCGGGUGACGCAGUGCUACAGCGACGCCGAGAGGCGCUAUUUUGCCAUCAAAGCGGAGGUGAAAGGUCGCGCGGCGCUGCUCGACGAGGCGGUGUCCCAGUCUGCUCAGUUCCACGACAAAAUGGACCCCCUGCUGGAGACCCUGGAGGCGGCCGUGCAGCGAUUGCGUCAGCCUCCUCCCGUGGCGGCGGAGGUCGAUAAGAUCCGGGAGCAGCUGGCGGAGCACCGGGCUCAAGGUCUGGAGCUGGACAAACUCCUGCCCAGUUUCUCCGCCCUCUGCGCCCGAGGAGAGGAACUCAUCGGCCGGGCCGCCCACGACGACCCCGCCGCCCACGCCGUGCACUCCCGCCUGCUGCGGCUGCGCUCGCUGUGGGAUGAGAUCCGUCAGCGGGCCGAGGAGAGGGAGAGCAAACUCAACGACGUCCUGGAUCUGGCCGGCAAGUUCUGGGCGGAUGUGGCGGCACUGCUGAGCACGCUGCGAGACUCCCAGGACAUUGUGAAGGACCUGGAGGACCCCGGCGUGGACCCUUCGCUCAUCAAACAACAGAUCGAGGCAGCAGAGGCGAUCAAGGCGGAGACGGAUGGCCUGAGGGAGGAGCUGGAGUUUGUCAGGACCCUCGGGGCUGACCUCAUCUUUGCCUGCGGAGAAACUGAGAAACCUGAAGUCAAGAAGACCAUUGAUGAGAUGAACGGUGCCUGGGAGAGCCUGGACCGCACCUGGCGAGAGAGGAUGGAGAGGCUUGACGAGGCCAUGAGCGCCUCGGUGCAGUACCAGGAUGCACUACAGUCAAUGUUUGACUACCUGGACAAUGCAGUGAUCAAACUGUGCGACAUGUCAACUGUGGGAACUGACCUGGGUACAGUCAAACAUCAAAUCGAAGAGCUUAAGCAGUACAAAGUGGACGUUUACCAGCAGCAGAUCGACAUGGAGAAGCUCUGCCACCAGGGGGAGCUGCUGCUCAAGAAAGUGUCAGACCAGACGGACAGAGACAUGAUCCAGGAGCCGUUGACAGAGCUCCGACAUCUCUGGGACAACCUGGGGGAGAAAAUCACCCAAAGACAGCACAAGCUGGAAGCCGCCCUGCUGGCUCUGGGUCAGUUCCAGCAUGCCCUGUCCGAGCUGCAGGCCUGGCUGAGCCACACGUACGCCACCCUGGACACGCAGCGCCCGGUCAGCUCCGACCCCAAAGCCAUCGAGAUUGAACUGGCCAAACACCACGUUUUGCGCAACGACGUGCUGUCCCAUCACGCCACCGUGGAGGCGGUCAACGCGGCCGCCGCCGAGCUCCUGGAGUCCUCCCCUGGCGACGAGGCAAGCCACCUAAGAGAUCAGCUGGAUCAGCUGAACCACAGUUGGCAGAACCUGCUGCUCAAGACCCAGGAGAGGCAGAAGCUGUUGGAGGCUGCCUUACAGCAGGCGGAGGGUUUCCAUGGAGAGCUGGAGGAGUUCCUACAGUGGAUGCGGCGCACCGAGAGCCAGCUGUCUGCUGCCAAGCCGACAGGCGGACUACCCGAAACAGCCAGAGAGCAGCUCGAGCAACACAUGGAGCUCCAAGCCCAGCUGGCCCAGCGUGCCGACCAGUACCACAGACUGCUGGACGCCGGAGAGUCCAUCCUGCUGGCUCGUGGCGGAGAGGACGCAGGGCCAGGAACCACCCAGACCCAGCAGAACCUGGCCAUGCUGCAGAACAAGUGGGCCAGCCUCAACACCAAGAUGGACGAUCGUAGGGCAAAGGUGGACGAGGCUCUCGCCUUAGCCACCAGCUUCCAGACUUCCCUGCAGGACACCAUUAACUGGCUGACCCAGGCCGAGCAGACCCUGAACAUGGCCCAGCCCCCCAGCCUCCUCUUGGACACGGUCCUUUUCCAGAUCGAUGAACACAAGGUUUUUGUCAACGAGGUGAACACCCACAGAGAGCAGGUUCUGGCCCUGGAGAAGGCCGGCUCCCAGCUCCGCUUCGCCAGCCUGAAGCAGGACGUGGUGCUCAUCAAGAACCUUCUGCUGAGCGUUCAGGCCCGCUGGGACAAGCUGGUCCAGAGGUCGCUGGACCGCGGUCGGCACUUGGACGAGGCUCGCAAACGGGCCAAGCAGUUCCACGAGGCCUGGAGGAAGCUGACCGACUGGCUGGAAGAAGCCGAGAAUAGACUGGACUCUGAGCUGGAGAUCCCCAACGAGCCAGACAAGAUCAAAGUGCAGCUGCUCAAACAUAAGGAGUUCCAGAAAACCCUUGGCUCAAAGCAGCCGGUUUACGACACCACGGUGAGGUCCGGGAGAGCCAUGCGGGACAAAGCCCAGCUGGCAGAAGACAGCCAGAAGCUGGACCACCUUGUCGGGGAGGUCCGCGACAAGUGGGACACGGUCUGUGGGAAGAGUGUGGAGAGGCAACACAAGCUGGAGGAGGCUUUGCUGUUCUCAGGUCAGUUUGCAGAAGCCCUCCAGGCUCUGGUGGACUGGUUAUACCGAGUUGAGCCGCAGCUGGCUGAAGAUCAGCCCGUGCACGGCGACCUGGACCUGGUGUCCAACCUCAUGGACACACACAAGGCUUUCCAGAAGGAGAUGGGCAAGAGAACCGUCAGCGUCCAGGCCCUGAGGCGCUCGGCCCGCGACCUCAUGGAGACUGGCCGCGACGACACGGCCUGGGUCAAAGUUCAGCUGCAGGAGCUCAGCAACCGCUGGGAGACUGUUUGCGCUUUGUCCGUCACAAAGCAGACCCGCCUCCAGCUGGCCCUCAAACAGGCGGAGGAGUUCCGCACGGUGGUGCAGUUGCUCCUGGAGUGGCUCUCUGAGGCCGAGCAAAGCCUGCGCUUCCGCGGCGUCCUCCCAGAGGAGGCGGAGACUCUGCAGGCGCUGCUGCACACGCAUCGGGACUUCAUGGGAACGGUAGAGGAGAAGAGGUCGGAGGUCAACAAGGCGGCGGGCAUGGGCGAGGCCAUCCUGACCCUGUGCCACCCGGACUCCAUCACCACCAUCAAGCACUGGAUCACCAUCAUCAGGGCGCGCUUUGAGGAGGUCCUGACCUGGGCCAAGCAGCACGAGCAGCGUCUGGAGGCGGCGCUGACCGAGGUGCUCAACAACGCCAACUUGCUGGAGGAGCUGCUGUCGUGGCUCCAGUGGGCCGAGACCACGCUGGUCCAGAGAGACACGGAGGCGCUCCCUCAGGACAUCCCCCUGCUUAAAAACCUCAUCACAGAGCAUCAGAUGUUCAUGGAGGAGAUGACCAGGAAGCAGCCAGAUGUGGACAAAGUCACCAAAAGUUACAAAAGGAAACCCGCUGAUGCGCCAAGCAGCCUGGCUGAGAGGAGAGGAGGACGCAAGCAGCAGCAGCAGCAACAGGCAGCCGUGCAGCUUUCAGGAGCAAACCCGCGACUCAACCAGCUGUGUGCCAGGUGGCAGCAAGUGUGGCUGCUGGCGCUCGACCGCCAGCGCAAACUCAACGACGCCCUGGACCGGCUGGAGGAGCUCAAAGAGUUCGCCAACUUCGAUUUUGACGUGUGGAGGAAGAAGUACAUGCGCUGGAUGAACCACAAGAAGUCUCGCGUCAUGGACUUCUUCAGGCGCAUCGACAAGGACCAAGACGGGAAGAUCACGCGCCAGGAGUUCAUCGACGGCAUUCUGGCGUCCAAGUUCCCAACCAGCAGGCUGGAGAUGACGGCGGUGGCGGACAUCUUCGACCGAGACUGCGACGGUUACAUCGACUAUUACGAGUUUGUCGCCGCCCUGCACCCAAACAAAGACGCCUACAGACCCACCACGGACGCAGACAAGAUAGAGGACGAAGUGACUCGGCAGGUGGCGCAGUGUAAAUGUGCCAAGAGGUUCCAGGUGGAACAAAUUGGGGAAAACAAAUACCGGUUCUUCCUCGGAAACCAGUUCGGCGACUCCCAGCAGCUUCGCCUGGUGAGGAUCCUGCGCAGCACCGUCAUGGUGAGAGUGGGAGGAGGCUGGAUGGCUCUGGACGAGUUCCUGGUCAAGAACGACCCGUGUCGAGUGCAACUUCCCGGACUUAAGAUCCUCCGCUCCGACUCCAGUAGCUCCAUCUCAUCCCGUAUAGUGGCAGUCACUCCAGGCUAUUUCUGCUGCAGAGCUCGGGGUCGCACCAACUUGGAGCUGCGGGAGAAGUUCAUCUCCGAGGGGACGCCUCAGUGUCUCUCUGCCUUCCGCUCGCGCGGGCGACGCUCCAAGCCCGGCUCGCGUAACGCCUCGCCCACCCGCUCCUCCUCCUCGGCCUCCCACAGCGGCGCCUCGCUGCCCUCCACGCCGGCCACGCCCACAGCUUCGGCGUCAUCCAGGUCCUCCCACACUCAUUCCCGUGACUACGCCAAGCCGUGGUUGGCGCACAGUAAAACGCCGACGCCGCCCAAGUGCCACUGCUGCCCGGAUCACGGCGACCACGGGCACGAGGGGGCGGCGUCGGGCUCCAAGCUGAAGCGCCCGACCUUCCACUCCAGCCGCGGCUCGCUGACGGGAGAGAACGGCGGGACGCCGCACGGCGCCAAGCAGACGCGCAGCGAUCCGAAGCGGGGCGCGUCCACCGCCAGCGGUCCCACCAGCCGGGUGGGCAGCAGGGCCAGCAGUCGGCGAGGCAGCGACGCAUCCGACGCCUCGGAGCUCCAAGAUGCGCGCUCCGUCUGCUCGGACACGUCGGACACCCCCAGGAGGCCGGGGGGUGGAGCCAAACCUUCCAAGAUUCCGACCAUCACCAAGAAGACGCAGAGUCCAAAGACCCCCGUGGCCAAGAAAUGACGGCGAGGGUCCGCGAACACACACACUUCUCUUCCUCCCGCUGAAGGUGGGCGCUCGGACGCCGCCGCCGCACGGCCUGUAACGCUCGUUUGUGGCGGGAAAGGAGGGGAGGGAAGUCCGGGUCUCGCACCGACUUAAUCCUCCGCACAGAAGCUGCGGCGACACUUUUUCCUCCGUCGCCGUCCUUCCCGCCAAAAGCGACCAGAUGCGAUUGCUGCCUUAUUGACUGACAAAGGGGGGCGGCGCCGCCUCUGAGCACGCAAACGUUUUUCAGAGCGGACCGCCGUCUCCACGGCAACACAAACAACCGAAUUCAGGAGAAAUGGACACAAAGUAUAUUUGGCUUGCGGGCCAAAAAAUAUGCAACGACUGCCAUGUGACGCCACAUGUGAAGAGCUCGGGGGGGGGGGGCUGCAGCUCCUCGCCAGCACGGAGGGGGGCCGCGGUCUAACCUCACUUGUAAACCACCAAGGUGCCACCACAGGGUGCAAUUUGUCACCAGCUUGCCCCGCCCCCUUCUCAUGUGUGCAGCCCAUGUGACCCGACCCCCCCACUCAUUGGCGUGUGUUACACAUUAUCUGCGAAUGUUACGUCUUUUUGUUAAUUUAUACUCUUCUUUUUUUUUUUUCUUGUUCAGCCUGAAAUUUAAACCUAAUAUUUAAUUGUUGGCAGAUGAAGAUUUUAAGUGCGUGGAGUGUGUGUCACAUCACGUUCACACACACACACACACACACACACACACGUUUGUCUAACCAUCUCGACCAAAGGGCUCUGCCCUUCAUGUGUAAUAAGAAGCAACAUGAAGUUUAUAACAAAACAUUCAUUUACAAAGAAGACUUAUUACUAUGGGAUUUUAAUUUAUUUAUUGUCUCUCUGUGAGGGGUGGGGGGGGGGCAAGAUGCUGUUACUGUGUGAACAUGGAGUGAGACAAGGGGGGGGUCGCUGGUGUCAAAGUGAAGCAAACACAUGAAAUUAUAAACCAAUUUUUUUGUUCUUUUUUGUAUUAAAACGAUGCUUGCAGUAAAGAAA